ACAAUUACCCAUCCAAUCAUUCUUCUACAAGUAACUAAUAACCAUUCAAUAUUAAUACUCUACGUUAUGCAGAUGACAAAAUAAUAUUAAACUAUUAUAGAAAUUAUACAAAAUAAUAUACUGAUACAAUCAUAAAUAGCUUUGUGUGUAGGUACCUACGAAUUUUAAUCAGUGGUGGUCACCGAUCAUUCGGAACUCUACAGUUCACGGUGCUAACGACUCACAAUUUACAUUCGUCAUUCACUUCACUUUAACUUUCUAGUUUCCCAGUGUAUUCGGUACACUUGAAAAGAGAGGUCCGUCUUAUCGUAAUCGACGACGUUAAAUUGUUAAAUAUCAAGCCGCUUCUCUUGAAAUAAGAUGUCGAAAAUAAAGGCUGGACCAGUUGUUGACAUCCUUGGCGAUGAAAUGACUAGAAUUAUCUGGGACCUUAUAAAGAACAAACUGAUUUUACCAUUUUUGGACAUUGAGUUACACACCUACGAUUUAGGCAUGGAAAACCGUGACAAAACUGAUGAUCAGGUAACAAUUGAUUGUGCGAAUGCUGUGAAAAAGUACAAUGUCGGCAUCAAGUGCGCUACAAUUACUCCUGAUGAGAAGAGAGUGGAGGAAUUUAAUCUAAAGAAGAUGUGGAAAAGUCCUAAUGGUACAAUUCGUAACAUCCUUGGAGGAACCGUUUUCAGGGAAGCUAUCAUCUGUAAAAAUAUUCCUCGUCUGGUCACUGGGUGGGAAAAGCCCAUUAUUAUUGGCCGUCAUGCUCAUGCAGACCAGUAUAAGGCUACAGAUUUUGUUGUACCUGGGGAGGGUAAGUUGGAACUCGUUUUCACCCCCGCGUCAGGUGAACCUAUGCGGUAUGUAGUAAACGAUUUUAAAGGUGCUGGUGUUGCAAUUGGUAUGUUCAAUACUGAUGCCUCAAUUAUUGAUUUUGCACAUUCGUCAUUCAAGUUUGCUCUGGAUAGAAAGUAUCCCCUAUACUUGAGCACGAAGAAUACUAUUCUUAAGAAGUACGAUGGCCGUUUCAAAGACAUCUUCCAAGAAAUUUACGACAAAGAGUACAAAACGCUAUAUGAAGCUGCAGGCAUUUGGUAUGAGCACCGCCUUAUUGAUGAUAUGGUUGCCUACGCAAUGAAGUCCGAAGGUGGAUUUGUAUGGGCUUGCAAGAAUUACGACGGAGAUGUUCAGUCUGAUUCCGUUGCUCAGGGAUACGGAUCUUUAGGGCUAAUGACCUCAGUUUUGAUAUGUCCUGAUGGUAAAACGGUAGAAGCCGAAGCCGCUCAUGGAACUGUUACCAGACACUACCGGUUCUACCAACAGGGAAAAGAGACAUCUACGAAUCCCAUUGCUUCUAUAUUUGCAUGGACACGAGGUCUACUGCACCGUGCUAAGUUAGACAAUAAUUCGGAACUCACGAAAUUCGCCGAAACUCUCGAAAAGGUAUGCAUUGAUACCAUUGAAUCUGGCGUCAUGACCAAAGAUCUUGCUAUUUGCAUUAAAGGCAUGAACAAUGUUAAGAGAUCUGAUUACUAUGAGACAUUUGAGUUUUUGGACAAACUGGCCGAGAAUUUGAAAAAGAGUUUGGGCCAAUGACUGAGCCCUGAAUGGAAACUCAGCCAUUUGUGACAUUUUAUAUCUACGAUUUUUAAUAAUGGGCUCAAGGAUCUAUUACGGCAUUUAUUUAUUUCUCUUGUUUAUUUGUAAUAAAUGAGUUAUUUAUUA